AUAGGUAGCCCAAUCAUGAAAGUGCUCGUUGUAUUCGCUUUGGCUCUGGCCUACGCCUCUGGAUCGGCUCUGCGCGGUGUCCAGACUGGACCCGACGGACGCAUCACCCACGGCGAGGAUGCCCGCACCGACCAGUUCCCCUACCAGGUGGGACUUUCCCUGAAGGUCGGCUCCUCCUCCGCCUGGUGCGGAGGAUCCCUCAUCGGAAACGAGUGGGUCCUGACUGCCGCUCACUGCACUGAUGGCGUUGACUCCGUCGAGGUCUAUCUGGGCAGCACUGUGCGCUCCAGCCCCAAGGUCAAGCACCACGUCUCCCGGGACGACAUCAUCAUCCACGCCGACUGGAACAGCCGCACCCUGAGGAACGACAUCUCCCUGAUCCGCAUUCCCCGCGUCGAGUACAGCAGCGCCAUCCAUGCCGUUGAGCUGCCCAAACACGAGUCCCACUAUUCAUCCUACGAUGGUGAUGAGGUCAUCGCCUCCGGCUGGGGCCGCACCUCCGACGAGUCCAGCUCCGUCGCCGCCCACCUUCAGUACGCCCACAUGAAGGUCAUCUCCAACAGCGAGUGCAAGCACACCUACUACACCACCAUCCGCGACUCUAACAUCUGCGUCUCCACCUCUGCUGGCGUUUCUACCUGCAACGGAGAUUCCGGUGGCCCUCUGGUUCUGGAGAACAGCAAGGUCCAGGUUGGUCUGACCUCCUUCGGCUCUGCCUCCGGCUGCGAGAAGGAAUACCCCGCUGUCUUCACUCGCGUCACCAGCUACUUGGACUGGAUCCAUGAGCACACCGGCAUCUCUCGUUAAGUUGCUGAUGUUCCUGUUCCUCAUCUGGAGCAAUAAAGAAUCGAUUUUGAAAUAAUAUAA